AUGGGGGGGGUCUGGCCAGGGCCGAGUGCACUUUCCAAUGCACCGCCAACACCGUGGCGGACCGCCACGGUGUUGGCGGACCGUGUUUUCGACAUCUACUACAACGUGCUCGACGGCUCAAAGCCCCCGUGUGUGCGGCGCCGCUCCAACACCAGCGGCGGCAGCUCCGUCAGUGGCGGCAGCACCGCCAGCAAUGGCGGCAGCGGUGCGGGCGGCAGCCGCGGAAGCAUGGGGAGCGGCAGCCGCAAGCGGGCGCCCGAGACGGACAAGGAGGACACGGCGACAGGCACGCAGCACCGGCCGGUUCGGUCGGGGGCAGGGUGGCGUGCGCCUGCGGUGGCGGGGAUUGGCUCGGCGACGUCGGGCAUGGCGGCGUUGGGCCUGACCGAGGCCGGGAUGUUGCUGGAUGAUGAUGAUUACUGUGUGAUUGUGGAGUAG